AAAAGUUCAAGGACACAAUCAAUGACUCCCAUGCAUCCAAGAUAGCAGAAAGGCAUCUGAGAAUUGUCCAAUACUACAAUAGUACAUAUCGCAAAAUGCCGCGAUCGCCAUCGGAUGCCACGCGUUUCACAUCGACCGGUCCGUAUGUAUCGACCAAACCAUCUAGCUCGACGAGCUUCACAUCAUCGAAUGCCGCAACGACAGGAACGCAGAUAAAUUUUGGGUCAGCGCCGCCGGGAGAAACACCUCAGCAGAAGAUUGCACGAUUACGAGCUGCUGCAGCAUUGGCAAAGCAGGAAAAGGAGACGACAUUCGACAAGACAGUCCGAAUAGGACGGGUAUGGGCAGAUCGAGCGCACAGAGUGACGGCACUAAGCCUGAUGGGCUUUACCGUGGUCAGCGGUGCAGUGGCAAUAGCUGGCAUCACGGAUAUGCUCAUGCACAAUCGGCGGAAGAGGAAUGAGUGGUUGGCGCAGAAGCAGGCUGAAUCGGCCAGAGAUUUGGCCAUUGCGCGACAAGCAGAAGCACAAGGCACAGCGACUGAAGACCAAAUACUGCUCAUCAACCGGGAAAGGGCAGCAAUGGAGGCUUACAUCGCCAAGAAGAACAAGCCUGGCGUGUUCAAACGUGCCUCAAACUGGCUGUUCUCGGGUUUGUCCAAGGAGGAGCAGAAGGGAGGCAGACUGGGUGCUACGGCCACAGCAGCCGAGUCCGCAGCAGGUACAACCGUGCAAGAUACGAGGAGCGUGAUGCAAGCCGUUGAAGGGCAGAAAAGUAUAGGCGAGAUGGCCCAGGCAAUAUUGGAGCCGACCGGGGGGCCUUUGGAUCGACAAGCACAACUAGCUGCGGACUCAGCAUCGACUACAGCGAGAAGCUGGACGACCUGGCUAACAGGGCGGUAGUAAUUGUACAAAGUGUUAUACUGCUAGACUUGCAUGGUGCUGGAGUUGCCGAGUGGUGGGAAUCUAGCCGAUGUA